AAAUAUAGACGAUUUAGUAGAUGUUUCCAAACUUACAUGGAAGGAUCCAAUUGCGAGUAUGGUUCUUAGUGACGAUUCGGCGGUGGUAGAAAAUUUAAGCAAAAGACAACGACGAACCUUCUUGGAGCCUCGAGAGAAAAUGAAAUGCAAACUCCCUGAUUUAGUUUCUCUUAAGUGCAACGAGUCUGCAAAUAAUUUUCACAAGAUAAGCAUUCUGGAUGAAUUUAAAGAUAUCAGUCAUAAUGGUUUAUGGAAAGAGGAGGAAUCUGAUCUAGGAAAAAUAACCGAACGAAUUCUUAGUACACCAGGAAAUGUGUGGAAUAAUCCAGCCUUCGAGACGAGCAUGUCCCCUGAACGCCAAAGCUUGGCAAGCAAGGCACGUAGAAACGAUGGAAUAGAAUGUUCGUGUGUCUUCUGCAGUGCCACUAAAAAAGAAGAGGAUGAUAUAAAAUUAUGGAGAGAAUUGUUGGAUGGGAGUAGCUAUAUAAAUUCUGCAUGUAGACCUAUUCAUAAUCAGUUCGGUGUAGUUGGAAUCCAGGUGGCUGGCGAGAGAAUAUAUUUAAAUGUUCUCAUGAAUGAUACGAAUGAAAUACCAAGAUACUUCCACCUGGAUAUCCCACUAACUUCGGACAUGUCGUGGCGUGUAGAACCGCUUAUACGAUUAUUAUUAACCUUAAGAAAUAUCAUAAUUGUGAAUAAGAGUUUGCUCACGCAGGCGUUAGAGCAAGCUAUCUCGCAUCCACCUCGAAAUGCUCACACGAGUCCCACUGUCUCUUCACCACGUAGAGAAGAAUGUAGAGAAGAACCGGGACAAAAAAGACCUAGGAAGAAUAGUAAAACCAGAAGGUUGACUAAACGAAAAAGUGCAUAUUUUUAG